AUGGCACAGGCGCCCGAGCCACUCACGCAACCCGACGAUAUUCACGUUAACCUCACAACCGCCAAUCCAUCUCAACUUCACAAACAUGGAUCUUCUGAACAAGAAAUCCCGGCAGCCCAUCCAAGCGAUCACAAUGAUCCAUGUAUCAACUCCAGUGAACCAGAAACACCAGAAUCUACAUCCAAGAUGAGCCUACUCCAAAUUGCAACAGUCAUGUCUUCACUUUGCGCCUGCGUCUUCCUUGCCGCCCUUGAGGUAACGAUCGUAUCAACCGCCCUACCCACCAUUGCCGCUCACUUCACCUCCGACUCAGGCUACACCUGGAUUGGUACAUCUUUCGUUCUCGCCCAUACGGCUUCAACUCCAUCCUGGGGUAAGGUUUCUGACAUAUGGGGUAGAAAGCCCAUAUUGCUUGUCGCCAAUGUCAUCUUCUUCGGAGGGAGCCUGGUGUGCGCUCUCGUUAAUGACCUAGCUACUUUUAUUGCUGGACGAGCUAUUCAGGGCUUGGGAGCUGCGGGUAUGCAGACCAUGGUGAAUAUUUGCAUAAGCGAUAUGUUCUCGCAGAGGGAUCGAGGGCUGUAUUAUGGCUUGACGUCUAUCAUGUGGGCGGUCGCCUCGGGAGUUGGUCCUGUACUUGGAGGCGCCUUUACAGAUCGACUAAGUUGGAGGUGGUGCUUUUGGAUCAAUUUACCCAUCACCGCCGCAGUCUUCGUUCUACUCGUCCUUACCCUCAAACUCCCCUCUCCCAAUACCCCUGUAUGGGCGGGUCUUAAAGCCAUCGACUGGCCUGGGAGUCUUCUCAUUAUAGGAGGCACUCUGAUGCUUCUACUUGGCCUUUACCUGGGAGGCGUCUACGAGCCCUGGAAUUCGGCAACUGUCGUUUGUCUUGUUGUAUUCGGGUUUAUUACUGCAGUUCUGUUCAUAUGGAACGAAUGGAAGUUGGCAGAAUACCCCGUGAUACCAGUACACCUUUUCAGGGCGUGGUCAUCAUCUGCAGCAUACGCGGUCACCUUCUUCCACGCCUUCGUGUUCUUGGGGGUUGCGUAUUACUUACCCCUCUAUUUCCAAGCAGUUCUGCUAGCCAGCCCGCUUCGCUCAGGUGUUUAUCUUCUUCCCUUCAUUCUUUCUAUCUCCAUUUCUGCUGCAGUUACAGGCGCUUACAUACAGCUGAGUGGUAAGUAUCUGACAGCCGUACAUAUCGGGCUGGGUAUCAUGACCUUGGGGAUGGGUCUCAUGAUUAAUCUGGACAUCGAUCUGAACUGGCCGAAGUUGGUCUCCUUUCAAAUCUUGACUGGAAUCGGUGUCGGUAUGAACUUCGAGGGGCCUUUGCUGGCAGUGCAGACUGUUGUGCCGCACAAAGAUGUGGCGGCUGCUACCACAGCGAUGAGCUUCAUUAGAACAAUGGCCACCGCCGUUUCUGUUGUCAUUGGUGGGGUCCUAUUUCAAAAUGAAAUGAAGAGCGAAAACCAAGCACUUGUCGAUAGCCUUGGCCCUGAGCUUGCCAAGCUGUUCGAUGGAGCAUCUGCCUCUGCAAGUGUUGAACUGGUCAAGACGCUUCCCGCAGAGCCACAGCUUAUUGUGAGAACCGCAUUCUUCCAUUCUCUGAAAAAGAUGUGGAUGAUGUAUACUGCAUUUUCGGGUGUUGGCUUGUUGCUUGGCUUCUUUAUCAGAGCACAACACCUUAGCAAAGAACACAAAGAUGCACAAUUGGGCAUAGUUAAUACGUCAUAUGUGUCGAUGCUUGAAGAUCGCGUUGCUAUGUCGACGGGAACUCAUGAGGGCCUCGAGUUGGAGCACAUCUCUCCCAGAGCCAGGAUUGCGUCAGAUUGA